CUUCACCAAAGUGGUCAUCGACAACGCUCCUUCCUUAUCCACAAAAUCAUUCAAAAUGGAGAACGACAAGGGUGUCCUCGUUGACCUUUACAUCCCCCGCCACUGCUCGGCGACCAACCGCCUCAUCACGGCCAAGGACCACGCCUCGGUCCAGAUCACCGUCGCCGACGUUGACGCCGACGGCAAGGCCAUCAAGGGCCAGGGCACCGUCAUCGCUCUCUGCGGCCAGGUCCGCUCGCAGGGCGAGGCCGACGACUCCAUCAACCGCAUCGCCACCAAGGAGGGCGUCCUCAAGGGCGUCUGGAACUACUCCCGAUAAAUGCUCUCUGCAUGAGUUUGGACGGGUGUAUGCAUAGGUCGUCAUUUUGAUCAUUCUGGUCGGUUUGCCGCGGGCCGCGAGGUCUGCAGGACGCGGUUCGUGAAGACGUAUCGCGCUGUAUCAAAAAUGCAGAUUGCAUCCUAGCAUA